AUGAACUCAAUAAUUUGUUUGGGUCCUUCCGGAGCUGGAAAAACAUUGUUGUUAAAAAAAUUAAAAAAUAGAAACGCAAUUGACGAAACUUCACAUACCGUACCUACUACUGGUUCAGAUUUGACGGUUGUAAAAUUCUUGAACAAAACCUCGGGAACUUCGCGAGAAUACGUGAUUCGCGAAUUGGGUGGAAUUAUGGCGCCAAUGUGGGAAAAAUAUUUUCAUGGAGUUAAUAAAAUUAUUUAUGUUGUUGAUACCAGUAAUCUCUGUCAGAUUGCAGCGGCAGGAAUUUUAUUAUACACAGUAUUAGCCAAUCCGAGUUUAAUCAAUGCUAAAAUAUUAAUAGUACUUACCAAAAUGGAUUUAUCUUAUCGCCAAAUGAGAAAUGAAGCCUUGUUAAUUCUUCAAAUGAAACGUCUUGUUAAAGAAGUAAUGCAGCCUAUAACAAUAAUAGAAUCUAGUGGGGUAAGUGGGGAAGGAAUUGAAAAUAUUGAAAAAUGGAUUGAAGGAAAAUUAUCACAAAACAAAACUCUUAUUAGCAAUUAA